AUGCAACAGGGCACGCGAGGCGUCGGUGCUGCGGCGCUAACGUACGUGCGGAGGGAGGCUGCGAGGGUGCUUGGCGAAAAGGGGGGGUACAGCGCUGGCGUGAUGAAGACCGUGGAGUUUACACCGGACAAGGUCGUGGAGAAAAAAGACGGGGUGCUGAGCUUUUCUUGGGCCGUACGCUACGGCGUGCUGAAUGGCUUCAAAUCCGCCCACGGCGGUGCCUUGUCAACUCUCGCGGACGCAUUCACGCGGGUGCACUUGGGCGCCGUCACGACAAGCGCAAAGCUCACCUCAGUAAGCUUUGAGAUCAGUUUCCUCACCCCCAUUGCCGAGAAUGCGGAGUGCACCUGUCUGACGCGGCUCGUGAGUCUGGACGUCGGCAACCUUGCGUUCAUGGACUUCUCCUUCGAGGACGAAAAGUCCGGGCAGGUGUUUGCCCGCGGCACCCACGUGCUCUCUUGGUGCGGGUGA